GACUGCCUGUCACUGCUGCGCAAAAAAAUCUAAUAUACAGAGAAAAAAUCUAAGCAAUAUUUCAAUCGGUAGGCGGGGUAGGAAUGGAGAGAACAAUCUGUCAGCGGAGCCAGGGAGCCACCUCAAAGCAUAUCGGGUUACUUUGAAUGACAGCGUAACCAUGGCAAAUAAUUUGACUAAAACUAUUGUCUUAUCCUCACCAUCCCCGGGUCAGAUAACCAACCAAUCACAGUUCACAUAAUCUCUUUUCUUGCCAGCUUAGAAUAAUAUUAUUAAAACAAGCGAACGAGGCUAGUCUUUAGGAGUACGUUAUGUUGAAACGGUAUAGAAAAGGUGGCGAUCGACUCUGGGAGACGAAAAACUUGGUUUCAUCGUAAUUUAAUGGGAAUGCCGUACAUAAUGUAUCUGUGAACGGGACUAAAAAAUUUUCCACUCGGAUUGGAUUUAUCAUCGUCCUUUUCAAACUCUUGCAACUCUUGAAGUACUUGCCGUCCGAGGACUUACAGCGAUCGGCUUUUUGAUGUCUUAGUUUGAAAGACAACGUAAAAACAAGACGGAAAAAACAUACCUGCUCAUUUAAAUAGCAACCAUGUCUAUGCUUCCAACGUUUGGCUUUACGCAAGAGCAAGUCGCGUGCGUCUGCGAGGUUCUCCAACAAGGGGGCAACAUCGAACGUCUCGGUCGCUUUUUGUGGUCUUUGCCAGCGUGCGAGCACCUCCACAAAAACGAAAGCGUCCUGAAAGCGAAAGCAGUGGUCGCUUUUCACCGGGGUAAUUUCAGAGAGCUUUAUAAAAUUCUAGAGAGCCACCAAUUCUCUCCGCACAAUCACCCGAAACUGCAGCAGCUGUGGCUCAAGGCGCACUAUAUCGAGGCUGAGAAGCUGAGAGGCCGCCCUCUCGGGGCUGUGGGAAAAUACCGUGUCCGCCGAAAGUUCCCCUUGCCCCGGUCAAUAUGGGACGGAGAGGAGACCAGUUACUGCUUCAAGGAAAAGAGCCGGAGCGUACUGAGGGAGUGGUACACUCACAACCCGUACCCUUCCCCGCGAGAGAAGAGGGAGUUGGCCGAGGCCACUGGACUGACAACCACCCAAGUCAGUAACUGGUUCAAGAACAGACGACAAAGAGACCGUGCCGCGGAAGCGAAGGAAAGGGAAAACAACGAGAACUCUAAUACAAACAGCCAUAACCCAUUGACUUCUUCCAUGAAUGGAAAUAAAACCAUUUUGGGGAGCUCGGACGACGAUAAAACACCGUCGGGGACGCCCGAUCACACCUCUUCAAGCCCAGCGUUGCUCCUCACGUCAAACUCGGGGCUACCUCCCCUGCACGGCCUCGCUCCGCCGCCUGGUCCCAGCGCCAUUCCCGUUCCCAGCACGGACACCGUGCACCAUCACCAUUCAUUGCACGAUACUAUACUGAACCCUAUGUCGUCCAACUUGGUCGACCUCGGCUCUUAAACGAAUGGACUUCUUUUUUAAAAGGACAAUAAAUGAAUCGUGGACGUUCGAGAAAAACAAAAACAAACAUCAGACACUUGAAGUGAUGCACAAGAGCGAGCUAAAGGCCAGAGUCAUUACAGGAUGUUUUUGUCCACACGGAGAGAGGAGAGAUGGUAGGCGUUUAAAGGUAUUUUAAUAGAAUGUAACACAGAAUAUCUUGUUGAAAACAGUAACAAUAAAACGUCUUAAUUCUUGUUAUUACUAUCGUUAUUAUUUUAGAGGACAGAUUUCAACAAAUUCUUAUACACUCAUUUUGGGUACCCCAGCCAUUCUCUAUUUGUUUACGCACUGCAGAUUAUCGAAAAAAGGCCAUCUACGGUUUUAUUUGUAUGGGGUAUCGCAUCGGAGAUCUAUUAUAGGGGAAGAAGUCUUUGAAACAAAGAUUAAGAUUAUAAUCUCUUCUUUUUGUAUUUUAUUUUGGAAAGCGACUGCAUGUAAACUUUGCGAAUAAUAAUAAAAUAUAAAUAAAUCGAUCCCACCAUAGUUUCAUAUACC